AUGGUCGCCGCUGGCGUUCGCCACGAGCGACAAACGGCGAGCAGCAUGAAGAAGAUCAAUCUGGUGGACGUGAUGAAGAUCGAGACGGCAGGCGAGCGGGACGAGCAGGUGCUGCUGCACACCAAGUCGCGCGUGUGGCAGCUGCUCGUCGACGGCGAGUCGGACCAGUUCGCGUCCACCGUGCAGCGCAACGCCAAGAUGUACCUCCAAAAGCACAUUCCAGUGCAGCGAGUCACAGGGGAGGAGAUCCUCAUAGUCACCAACGCAAGGGCUGAGUCGCUGCGCGCGUCCCCUGUGCUGUACGAGUUCUCGGUGGUGAAGAACAACGACCCCGCCAGUGGCAUGCAGAGGGAGAGGACGCUCGUGCUGACCAAGGAGUUCAUGGCUGAGAUGACCGGCAGCCACGUGAUUGCGCUGCACAGUCUGAGCGACAUCCUAGGGCUGGUGGUAUCAGACAAGAACGAGAGCGAGGUGAUAGUGGAGCUGAGCGGGUGGAGAGCGACGCAGUACUGUGUGGCGGACAGAGAGGCGCUCGUGGGCAGCCUGGCGGAGGUCGCCAGCCACGCCAAGGCCCGCAACUUCUCUGUUCGCCUCGAACCCUUUGCGCAGCACACGCUGCCAGAGAAGCCCUUGCCUCUCUACCAGAACGAGUACGAGAUCUACCUGAUAGCGCGCUUCAUGACCGUGUUCCUGGCGCACCGGGAGAACCUCUCAGGGCUGACGCAGCCGGACGUGGUGGCGCAGUGGCUGCCCAUGGUGAAGGAGUACGCCUGCAACAUGCACCCCGGCGACUCCCUCUGCAUCGACGCCCGCCCCAUGCUUGCCGUCGCCGAGAUGCUCCGAGCCAGCCUGGACUUAAAGCCAGGCCUGGGAGCAUCGUAUGCAGUGACGUGCUGCUCGGUGGUGCAGCGGCUGCUGGGCACGCGGGGCGUGUUUGAGUCGGUCAAGUCCAACCCCGACUUCAUCAGCAUCCUCAUCAAGGCUCUCAAGCAUCCAUCGUCCGUGGUGGCUUUUGCAGCAGCCAGCACCAUCCGUGCAGCCAUAAAGCACUACUCAGCGGACUCACCUGCCCCUGACUCCCCUGCUGCUGCCAGAGCCUCCACCACCUCCUCUUUCCUCAUGCAAGCCUGGCCCGCCCAUGCGGAGGCGGCCAACAAGCACGUGGUGCUGAGUGGAGACAACCUGCAGGUGCUGGUGGCACGGCUGCAGACAGAUGCACUCGUGCACCAGAAUGCACUGCAGGUGCAAGGCAUCCUGGAGAUCCUCACUCUGGCUCUGCACCUGCCGCCAUCGUCAGAUGCCGAGGCAGAGAAGCACUGGAUGGAGACCCUUGAGAGCUCUCUACUCGUGGCUGCUGACGUCAUCAGUGCCAUUUCCCGAAGCCGCAGCAACAUUAUGUACUGCAGCAAUGCGCUACUGAUCAAGACAAUCUUCACACGCUGCUCACCUGCCUUCAUCACCCGCUUCAGGGCUGUGAUUCUAUCCCGUGCAGUGGUGUUGCUGCUGCUCAAGAACGCACUGUUCAACAAGCUGGAGAGGGCGAGGGACGUCAGUGCGGAGCUGCUGUUCCUCAUUGCUGAGAGCGAUGCUAAAACACAGCAGCUGCUGGCGAAUCUGCUGCCUAAGGGUUUCUUUUUUGUUCUGAAAGACAAGACAGAAGCUGCGAGAAAGGCCGAGCUUGAGGAGGCAGCCAAAGCCGCAGCAGCAGGCGGCGCUAGCUCUACCCUAGCGUCCGGGCUCAAAAUUGCAUCAGCAGUGGCAGCAGCGGCAGCAGCAGCAGCCACAGCCAGCACAACCACGGGCACAACUCCAGGCAGCGGGUCUGCUGGGGGGGAAGGCAGUGGGGGAGCGGUGGGGAUGGGGGGUGGGAGUGGGGGGUUGGGGAGUGUGGUGGCGCUGGGGGUGUGGAAGGAGGCGCUGGAGAUGCUGAGGAGGAGAAGCAUCACGACACCGGUGCUAGUGUGGAAUGAUGCCAAGAGACACGAGCUGCAUGCGUACCUCAAGGAGCAGGUGGAGGCGUUUGAUGCAGCCCUGGGGCGGACGGGAGGAGGCAAGGACAUUCACUUCAACACGGACGACUGUGAAUGCUGCUACACUCCUGCCAGUAACGACAAUGACGUGUGCAAGACCAUCGUCGAGGGGGUUCACCUGGAGGUCCUGUUACAGCCGUCUGACGACUCCUCCCCGGCGCUAGCGGCCCACUGGAAGCUGGACGACCCAGCAGCGCUCUUCACCGCCACGCUGCAGGCGCUGCUGCUGUGCUUCACGCCGCUCUACGGCACGUGCGAGCUGCCGGAGAUCGAGCCGCGUCUGGCCGUGGAUGCGCUCACAUGGAUGUACGAGCGACACGAGGGGGAGCUUCGAGGGGUGGUGGAGAAUCUACAUGUCGUGGAGCUCUUUGUGGCGAUGCUGAGGGAGGCGAUAGACAACGACCACGUGGUGUUCGCAUUCAAGUCGCUGCUGCUGCUGCGCAUCAUUCUCGAGAGGGCUGGUCGUCCUGCAGUCUCCCGAUUCGUGAAGGCGGGAGGCAUGUCCAUCAUCCUGCCGCUCAUGGUCAACUCGCUUGCUAAGUGCUGCAAGGACGAGACUCUGUUUGAGUGUGAUGCGCCGAGUGUGAAAGACCGAGGGGCGAUCGAGGUGGUGCCGGUGGUGGGGGCGGACGGCGAGGUGCGGAUGGCGCGCGUGCCGUCCGGGCGGCAGGCAAAGGAGGGCGGCGCGAGCACUGUUCAUCACGGGGGGAGUGUGGAGGCGAGGGAUGCGAUCAAGUGGCAGGAUGAGAGUGUGCCGGAGAAGCUACAGCUGGGGAUGGCACUUGAACUGCUGGAAACUGUCCUAGAUGUCAUUGAGGUGCCGGGAGGCUUGGAGAGGUACCCACCGCCCCUUCCUCUGGAGGACCUGGCUCGGCCGGAGCUGCUGUGCAGCCUCGUGCAGCUCCUGCUGCGGGCCAAGUCCCCCACCUUCAGGAGGAUUCUCGAGGUGCUGUCCAUCCUGUGCCGUGGCAACAAGCAGGCGGCGAGUGAGCUAUGCCGCUUUGGGUGCUUCCCCAUGCUGCUGUGGAAGGUGGUGGCGGGGGACAUCAGCCACGACGACCGCACCCGCAUCCUCAAGUUCCUCGCUCGCACGCACUUGCUGCAGGACCCAUCUGCAUUGGAGCAUGCGCCAGUGAAGGGGCUGGUGGUGGUGGAGCAUCUGCCGUGGCACGAGAGCAUUCUGCGGCUGUACCUGCCUGCUGGGCUCGUCUCCAAGCUCAUUCAAGAGGGCGCGGAGCUGUUCCUAUCCAACCUGGACACGGAGGACAUAGACACGCCCGAGAUUGUGUGGAACGAAGACAUGAAAGAGCGCCUGCGAUGCUUCCUGGAAGCGGACUUGCAGCCAUACGUGCAGGCGAGGGCAGGGGACCCCCAUGCGGUCUAUGUGUACGAGCCCAAGCCGCCGCUUGUGUAUCCCGAGCUUGCAGGCACCAUCUUCGUGGCGCCGGUGUAUCUACACAACGUGCUGGACGCUGAGAGGUUCCCGGCGCACCAGGUGUUUGACUCCACGUCCUUCCACCACAGCGUGCUCCGGGAGUACGAGCGCAUUCUGCAAGCCACGUCAGCAGGGGGCGGUGGUGCAGUGACGUGGCGCCAGGAAGCCCCACGGCUCGUGCUGCUGCUCAAGGCGCAGGCAGUGAUUCUGGACCGGUACCCACAGAUCCCUCUGGGAGCAGAGGCAGAGAGCGUGGUGAUCGACAUGGCUACCCCAGCGCUGCGUGUGUGCAUCGCUCAGAGGGACGACUGCCCCCCUCAGAUGGCCGAUAUCCUGCAGCAUGCUGCUAAGAUCCUCCGGGGGAUUGCGGCUACCAGAGACAAGGACGCGGACGUAUCUCAGCCGUCCAUCAACUUCGCCCUAAGCGUGCUGUCCUGUGGAGCACGUGUGAAGUCGGACGGAAGCUUCCCCGACUCCCCUGCCAAGUCCCCUCUCGAGCCCGCUCUCUCCUGCGCCCUCUCCAUCCUCGAACUCGCCGCCUCCUCCAAGGAGGGGCGCAAGCAGCUGAGGGACGACGUGCGGUGGCGCAAGGGCUUCUGGUGGGCGCUGUGCUCUGCUGCGGGGGAGAGCAGCCGGAGCAGCGCCGAUGGGGUGCCCUGCUCGCUGGCCUUUGCUGCUCUCGACUGCCUUAACCACUUCGCUGGGGACCGGGACAUGUGCUACCGGCUGAUCAACCAGGCCCUUCAUCUGCCGCUGCUGCUCCUCGCUGUUCCAUCAGAGUCAACCCUCGAGGAUGAGCGGCGUCGCAAUGAAACAGGUCAGGAGCCCAACUUCAGAGCGAAAGCAUUGCAGCAGGUGGCAGCCGAAGUCCUUCGCACACUCGCGAUCACUCUUGAGCAGGCCCUGCCGCCCGACGGCGAGCCGAGCCCCCGAGGCUCCCUGCUGCACAUGCAGCAGUUGGAGCAGCAGCAGCAGGAGCAGGAGCAGGGCGGGCUGCUCUCAUACGUCAUCCCCUGGGGUCUGCUAGACGCGCUCAAGAAUCCCGAUGCUGGGGCGGCGAAGCUUGUCGCAUUGGUGGGCGCGGACGGCGAGAUGCCGACCGCGAUUUGGAACGCGGCGGUGCGGGAGGAGCUUAGGGGGAAGGUGGAGGCGCGGAUUAAGAGGUUCAAUCUGGCGCAAGCUGGAGGAGGGGCAGGAGGAGGAGGAGGAGGAACGGAGGAGGAAGAUGAAGUGGCGUGGCUGCGCUCGUUCAGGUACGAUUGCCUCAAGGACGAAAUGGUUAUUUCAGGCAUCUUCGUCCGGGGGUACGCUGCGGGCAGCUGGGAAAACUUCGACCUGCCCGACGGCCGUGCGUUUCUCAUGGCUCUUCAGGACUAUCUCCGCUCCUCUCUCCCCAUCAUCUCCUCCCAAUCCUCCUCUUCCUCCACCCUCAUCACUCCUCCAUCUCCUAGCAGCAUUGUCACCACCUCAGCAGCUGCCUUUGCCUCACAGCCUCCCACUGUCGCCGGGUUUCUAAUGGUACUUAAAGCCCUGGCGGAAUGCAUUAGGUAUGCGGUAGAAGACGGCAAGAGGGGCAUGCUGGCUCACAUAGACUAUCUUCUCCUUGCGGAAAUUUUGGCGGCUGCCCCGGAUACGCUUCCAACUGCCCGGCGGCUGGUCGUGGGCAUCGCGCAGAUUGUUUCAGGUGCCCCUACGAGCCGAGAGCAGCUGCUGGGGUCGUCUUUGCUGCCCGUUUUGGCACGGCAGCUAUGGAGAUCGAUCACCAUACCAGGAACGGGAGUGGAAGAGGGGGUGGUGGCACCAGAAGGGGAGGAGGAUUUCGGGGCGGGGUUGAGUGAACUGGCACUGGCGAUUCUCGACGCGGUUUUGGAUCUAAGUGUGGAAAUGGCAGCAGUUGUAGCAGUUACCAAUCAUUUCAGUUCCAGCAGCCUGCUUCUCGUGCUGCUCGCGCUCUUCCUCCGGGUUCCCCUGCCCCCGUUUAAGGGCACUUCGAAAAAAGCUGCCGGGCAGGCGUGGAGCGAGGCGGAAGAGGCAGGAGUGCUGGACACGGCGCAGUUUCGAGCUGCCCAGAUUCUCGGGCAGCUACUGCUGGCGGCCUGUGGAGUGCAGGACCGGGCGAAAUUUAUUGCCGGGAUUGAGGAGGAUGGAGGGUCAGCAGCAGCGUUGGGUGACGGCACGAACGGGAUUGAUAGCCUAUCGGUGGAUGAGGAGGUGUUUUCCGACCCUCACGGGGACGUUCGGGAUAUCCACAACCUGAUUUCGCUUCUGGAGCCAGGUGCGGCGCCGGCCGUGCCUCUCAUCUCGGUUCGGGUGCUGUACCUGCUGCUGCCGAUGCGAAUCCUCUCGCUCCUCAUGUCCGAUCCUGAGGGAGCGUGCCGGGCUAUCGGGUCUCCCAGUUGCACCCCGCUGCUUGUGUGGAAUGACGCUUCGGCUAGAAGAGCGAGGGAUGCGAUUAAGAGAGAGGCUGAGGAGGUGCUGAAGAGGCAUGAGGGGGAGGUGAGUGAGGGGAAGCAACAGCUAGGGCUGCCUAUGUGGGACCUAGAGGCUGGGGAGGAGCCGGACGGCGGCAGUGUGGGGCGAGGCGGGGAGGAAGCAGCGGCGUUUCGACCUUUCUUCCUGCAGUAUGUGCGAGAAAGCAUCGAGUUGGCUAAGGAUGAAGGAGAGGGAGCGGCAGGAGCGGGAGAGGCGGCGGAAACGUUGUUUUCGGAGCAGGAAAAGGCGGGGUACGUCCCGGAGAUGUACAUUGGUGGGUGUUACGUGGACCAGUUGUUGCGGCAGCCGAGAUUUGAUCUCGGGAAGCGAGUGGAGCUGCAACUGGUGAGGGAGAUUCGGAAGGCUAUAGUCACUGCUGCGCCGAACGAAGGCAAGAGAUACGAGGAGUUUACUACUGCGGAUCGUAGACGGCUCCUUCUGGCCCUGCUCGCACUUUUCCAGAGCCGCCCGCACCUGCUGACCAUCACCAACACGGACAUUUUCCUGCCCGUGACGGACUUUUUCACGUCGGGCAGCGGCGAGGAGCGGCGAGCGCUGUUGCAGGCCGGCGUGUUACUGUUCCUGCGCAUGGUUACUUCGAAUGACGUGGCGGAUUUCGUCUCUUCUGAGGAGCUGAUUUCGCUGCUGUCGAAGCUGCUGUUGCUGGAGGUACCGGCAGGGAGACAGGGGCAAGCUGCUACUGAUCCAAGGGUAUGCGCACUGAUGCUCAUGCAGAAGCUGUUUAGACUUAGCUCCAAGGCUGUUGAGUUGGGGUUGCAGCAUCAGGUGGUGGAUCGUCUGGCAUCGCUUGUACUCGAUACGGAGAACUCCAUUAUCGUGCGUGCGCGCGCUGCUGCUGUGCUGGGAGCUAUGGCUGGGGAGAGGCGGCUGGGGCCUGAGAUUACAAGGCAGGCGGAGAGGAUUUUGCCGGAGAGUUACAAGAAUCAUAUUGCUUGGAAGGUGGGGUUUUUGAAGCAAGGGGCAGAAGAGAUCGGGCAGAAAAGCGUCCCGGCACUUUCAGAGGAGAUUGAGGUUAAAACCAUGCGGCACUUACUUAAGUACCCGCUGCCGUGUGCUUGGUGGACAACGGAUAUUCCUGAGGACGGGGGAAUGGAAGGAGGAGGAGGGGAAGGGGGUGGUGGGGAAGGGGAGGAUGGAAACGACGGGCCGACAGCUGUCGUGGAAGCUGCCUUGAUGUUUCCUGCUGCCAGGCUGGACGCAUGGAACGAUGAGGUGGACGGGGCUUUAAGGCACGGGCUGGCUGCUGCUGCUCUCACCAACACGCGAAACGUGAGGAUUUUGAGGAAGAAGCUGGCCGGGGCGAAGGGGGUGCUGGUGGAGGUAGAACUGCAGUUCCAACCACCCCCAGGUGCUGCCGCGAGAGCCAAGAAGGGCGAGACUGCAAGGACAUCGGUGGAUGAUCCGGCGAAGGCCGCCCGCACGUUCAAGCAGAGGUUGGAGACUCAGCUGGGGGGCAUGCUCGCCCCAGAGGUGUUUGAGUCGAUGGGUGUUAGCGUUCGAGCGGCGGCCGAUGCGGCUGCGAGUGCUUCCGCGACGGACUCGCGGGCUUCAGAGCUGGUCGAUAAACUGCUCUCCAUGGUGAAGGACUCGGACCGAGGGGCGGCGAUGAGCGACGAGGGCCGGGCGGCAGUGACGGCGAUAGUGGAGCAGCUGGAAGCAAUGGGGCUGGAAGAGCCGCUCAAGAGUCCCUUAGUGUUUGGAGCAUGGGAGGUGGCAUACACAUCUAGACCCACAGCAGCGGGGGGCUACUACCGCAGCAUGCUGGGGCGCACACUGCUGCGAUCCAAGGACCUGGUGCAGACCAUCUACCCGCCCAACGGGGUGGAUAACUUAGUGGAGUUUGAUGCGCUCUCGCUGAUCCCCGGCAGCAUCAGCCUUAAAGGCACAUUCGAGCCGCUGGACAGCAAGUGGGUGCGGGCGGUGUUUGAGGCGCCCAACCUCGCUCUGGGUGCGCUCAAGUUCUCUUACGGAGGGCAGUCGUCCGUGCGCCUCUCCGUGUCGUACCUCGAUGAGCGUGUGCGCAUCGGCCGAGGAUCCCAAGGCUCCAUCUUUGUAUUUGCACGCCGCAUGUAA